UUUUGUACUUCUUCCUUAUGAACAUUGAAUGAGUAUAAAUUCUCACUUAGACUCCAAGCAAUUCCUGGUCGUUUCCAAAGGCUGACACCUUUCUUUUUUAUGUGUCUCCCUCUUAAUUGACAUUACCCAACACAAUAAUGGCAACCACAACUAGGGACCCCUUUCUCAAUAAAAUGUCUAAACAGCACUUCAAAGUGUGUUUUUGUUUCAGGAGAAUGUUUAGGCUCAACGUGGCUGAACCUCCUGAGGAAAUCAACACUAUUUUUGGUAAGUAUUCAGAGAAUGGCGUCAUGAGCAUGCAUGACCUGUGCGAUUUCUUGGUUGAAUUUCAAGGAGAAGAAGAAGAAGGUGAUGCCACCAAGAAACAUGCUCAAACCAUUUUUGACAAUCUCAAGCAUCUCAACAUAUUUCAGAGGAAAGGCCUUCAUGUUGAUGCCUUCUUCCGUUAUCUCUUAAGUGACAUUAAUGGUCCCCUUGAUGAGGUGCACCAUGACAUGACUUAUCCCUUGGCUCAUUAUUUCUUAUACACAGGCCACAACUCCUACUUAACUGGAAAUCAAGUUAGCAGUGCUAGCAGUACUUCCGCGAUAAUAAAGGCAUUGAAGAAAGGAGUUAGAGUAAUUGAGCUAGAUUUAUGGCCAAAUUCCAGAGGCGAUGAUGUGCUAGUUCAUCAUGGAGGGACUCUGACUUCCUCAGUGAAACUCAAAGCUUGUCUGAAUGCCAUUAAGGACUACGCAUUUGUUGCCUCUCCGUAUCCUGUUAUUAUAACUUUUGAAGACCAUAUAACAAGAUCUCUACAAGACAAAGUGGCCAAGAUGCUCGAUGACAUAUUUGGAGACAUGCUAUUUCGCCCUGAAUAUUCACAGCUAAUGAGCGAAUUCCCUUCUCCAGAAGAAUUGAAGGGAAAAAUUUUGAUUUCAACUAAACCGCCAGAGUCUCGUGAAAUGACGCCAGAGGAAGAAGCACAAAGGCUUGAGGACAAUAACAAGGAUGAUUCAGAUGAUCAAGAUUCAGAUGAUGAUACUCUUGAAUACAGGAAUUUGAUUUCCAUUCGUGCUGGGAAGCCAAAAGGUAAGUUAAAACACUGGUUGAUUGAUCAUGAACAAGUUAGGCGUCUUAGCUUGAGUGAGCAAGAGCUUGAAGAUAUCGCCAAAAAUUAUGGAACUCAAAUUGUCAGAUUCACCCAAAGAAAUUUGCUUAGAAUAUACCCAAAGGGUACACGACUGAACUCGUCUAAUUACGAUCCCAUGAUUGGAUGGAUGCACGGAGCUCAAAUGGUAGCAUUUAAUAUGCAGGGAAGAGGGCACUUUCUUAGUGUGAUGGAAGGAAUGUUCAGAGCCAAUGGUGGUUGUGGUUACGUUAAGAAACCAGACAUAUUGUUGAAUGUUGGUCCCAACAAUGAGGUUUUUGAUCCAAGAGCAAGUCGAACAAUCCAGAAAACUCUUCAGGUUUUGGUAUACAUGGGUGAUGGUUGGCGUUUUGAUUUCCGCCAUACACAUUUCGAUUUUUAUUCUCCUCCUGACUUCCAAGUACAGGUUAGUAUUCAUGGUGUUCCAGCUGAUAAGGGUAGCAAACACACUAGAACAAUUGAAGAUGAUUGGAUACCAGUAUGGAACGAGGCCUUCAUCUUUCCAUUGACUGUUCCAGAAUUGGCCCUUUUAUACAUAAAAGUUGUGGAGCGUGACUAUUCCGGGAAUCAUGAUUUUGGUGGACAAACAUGUUUACCUGUCUCUCAGCUAAGGCCAGGAAUUCGUGCAGUUCGUUUGCGUAAUCGCAAGGGUGAACUUUACAAGUCUGUAAGGCUUCUCGUCCAAUUUGAUUUUCUUCAUAAUUAAUAAUGUAUAAUACCACUUGCUUAAUUAUGUGCUAAUGUUGUUAAUUACCUCCAUGAAACCAUUUUCAUAUAUCAGAUCAACAAAUAUUUAUUCAUCGAAUAUGAACUGUUAAUGUGUUUGUGGCUUCUGCUUCUUACAAACAAGUCCUUAUGUUUUAUGCAUUCAAAUUAAUCAAAUCCUGGUUAAGCUUCAUGCA